AUGGAUUUUGCCAUGGGAGGUGCAGGUGGAUCUGGAGAUGAUCAACACAAUCCCAACCGCAAUCAGAGUCACAAUCAGAACUCAAACAAAGGAAAAAAGGCCUACCAUGGUCACAACGCUGAUAGAACAUCUAAGCUUGAAGAUAUCAUUCGCACUGAGAAUGAAAGAAUACGUAAAGAUAACCUCAUAUUGAAGGAGGCAUUGAAAAAUAUGAUGUGUUCAUCUUGUGGGGGUCCAUCUAAUGUCGAUGAAAGGCGUCAACGUUCUCUGGAACAACUUCGUCUUGAAAAUGCUCGUCUUAAAGAGGAGCAUGAGAAGGUGUCUAGUGUUCUUGCAAAGUACAUGGAUAAACCAAUCUUAGAACUAAACAUGGAGUCCUCUCUUAAGAGGGGAUCUUCAUCACGUUGUCCAUUGCCAGAAAGUUUUCUAAAACUAGGAACUUUAAGAGGUGCUCGUGUGAAUCUAGGUGGCUCAAUAAGUCGUUCAUUUGAGAAUGAACAUACCAUGCCCAACCCUGGGAGAAAAAUAACACAAAUGGAAAAGGCAAUGAUGUCACAUAUUGCAGUGGCUGCUAAGGAAGAAUUACUUAAGCUUUUGUGCACCAAUGAGCCCAUAUGGGUCAAAUCUUCAAAUAGUCAGAGAUAUGUUCUUCAUCUUGAAAGCUACGAAACAUUCUUUCCAAGGAUUAAUCACUUCAAGAAUUCCCAAGCUCGUGUGGAAUCAUCAAAAGAUUCACGAGUUGUCAGAAUUAAGGCAAUGGAAUUAGUUGACAUGUUUUUGAAUUCGGAAAAAUGGGCAAAUAUUUUCUCAACAAUUGUUACAAAAGCGCGAACAAUCGAAGUACUUGAAAAUGGUUCAUUUGAAAAUCGAAGUGGAGUUUUGUUGUUGAUGAGUGAAGAGAUGCAUGUUCUUUCACCAUUAGUUCCAUCCCGGGAAUUGUGCUUCCUUCGCUACUGUCAACAAGUUGAAGCACAUUCAUGGGUGAUAGUAGAUGUUUCCGUUGACUGCACGAGGGGGGAUAAUAAUGAUCCUAAAUAUUGGAGGUUUCCUUCUGGAUGCAUGAUUCAUGAAGUUUCUAAUGACUUGUGUUGGAUUUCUUGGGUCGAACAUGUGGAAGUGGAUGAGAAGAUAAAAACGCAUGAACUAUACAAAGAUCUCGUUAACAACAACAUUGCAUAUGGAGCAGAAAGAUGGCUUUUGGAACUUCAAAGAACGUGCGAAAGAUUUAUCAGUGUUCGAGCAGAAUGCACACCUAAUUAUGACAUCAAUGGAGUGAUCACUACUCUUGGAGGAAGGAAAAGAAUGAUGAAGUUUUCUCAUGAAAUGGUGAAAAACUUCCAUGAAAUUUUAAACAUGACAAAUAAGACAGACUUCCUCGAACAUUUGGCUGAGGAGAGUACUGGGAUUAGGAUUGCUGCUCGGAAAUACAGAAACUCAAGCCAAUCAAAUGUCAUGAUUAUAUUCAUUGCAACAACCUCUUUUUGGCUUCCACUCCCUUCAGAAAACGUUUUUGACUUCUUCAGAGAUCCAAUAAGCCGUGCAAAGUGGGAUGUUAUGUGUUAUGAGAGUCCCGUGCAAGAGAUUGCUCGUGUCUCUGUUGGAACUCAUCCUAGCAACUAUGUAUCAAUUAUUCAGGUAAACGAAUGUCUGCUUUGA